AAAACAAAACUUUGGGGGUCCAAGGCUGCUGAACUUUUAAUAAAGAUGGCUGCUAGGAUUCUCACCAAUUGAGCACAACCUGGGGGCACUGGUGUCCGACAAAGCCAGGAGGUUACUGUAGAGUGUGGCCUGGAUCUCUCUAGUCCCUCUGGGUUCCAAGCUGCUUCGGGGCCUCCAUUUUCACUGCCCUCUUAAACCCUCCCUAAGUCCUUCUGUUAUUUUUCUUUUCUUUUCAAGAGAUGGGGUCUCUCUGUUGUUUAGGGUGGCCUCAAAUUCUCGAAUCUAAGUGUCCUCCUCAUCCAUCUCCCAAGUAGCUCGGGUUACAGGUAGAAGCCAGUGUACUCAGCUUUCUUCCCUGAGUCUUUGUGUGAGAUGGACUGGAUCCUUGCAUGUAUAGUCUCAUGGAGUCACUUGGUAAAGGUCAGUUUGCCCAGGAGGAUGGGCUAGGUGUCAGUCAGCAGUUGAUGCCUUUCCCUUCUCUGCCCUCCCUGCCAUCUGGAAGAUGAGGUGAACUGACCGAUUCUCUCCCUCCUAGUUUUUCCAAGACUCUUAGGGAGCCACCCUGGUCUUCCUCCAUUAUUAGCUACUAGUGUUCUCUAAGCUGCCUGCUUCUCAGCCCUGAACAUAAGUGGCUCUUCCUAUACAAGUCCCCAAAUCUCCUCUGUCCCUAGGUAGUGCCUUUGCACUAAUGGCAUGGUAAUAAUGAACUGGAUUCAUCAAGUGACUUGGUUGUUCUUGCUGGCCCCAUUCAUGGGCUCCAUAAAUUUUUGAUUGAAACUUGAGGACCCAGCAGAAUACCAGGCACUAAGGAGGAGGAGAAGCAACUAGGAACAUAUGUGCACCUGUGUGCCCACUCUGCUCAUUUUGCAGGAUGCUGAGCUGACACGGCUACCCAGGAAGUUCAAAGGGUGGUGUGUGUGAAGAGCCCACACCUGUCCAACUCUUGGACCUCUCAUCAUUGGUGGAAGCUGUGGCCCCACCAAUACCCUAUUGCCAUACGUGCCCAGAAUUGCGCCCUGUGAAGACAGCAAUUCUCCUUUGGGUGCAGUAAACACACAGCUAAGGGUCAAAGAGGCUGUGCUUCAGAGGAGGGGAUGUCAGAGAGCCUGCGUACAUGGAGAAACCCAUGCUUAUACAUUCCACGCUUUGCUCAUCUACUGGAAUUUGGGGAGAAGAACCAUGAGGUAUCCAUGACAGCCCUAAGGCUUCUGCAGAGAAUGAAGAGGGAUUGGAUGCAUACAGGCCGGCGCCCUUCUGGCCUCUGUGGAGCAGCGCUUUUGGUUGCAGCCAGAAUGCAUGAUUUCCGGAGAACCGUCAAAGAAGUCAUCAGUGUGGUCAAAGUGUGUGAGUCCACACUACGGAAGAGGCUCACAGAAUUUGAAGACACUCCAACCAGUCAGCUCACCAUUGAUGAGUUUAUGAAGAUUGACCUGGAGGAAGAGUGUGACCCUCCCUCAUACACAGCUGGACAGAGGAAGCUGCGCAUGAAGCAGCUGGAACAGGUCCUGUCAAAAAAGCUAGAAGAAGUUGAAGGUGAAAUAUCCAGUUACCAGGAUGCCAUUGAAAUUGAGCUAGAAAACAGCCGGCCAAAGGCAAAGGGGGCUCUUGCCAACUUGUCAAAGGAUGGCUCCGGUGAGGACGCCACAUCCAGCCCGUUUUGUGAGGAGGACACAGAGGAUGAGGAGCUGGAGGCUGCUGCCAGCCACAUGAACAAGGACUUCUACCGAGAGCUCCUGGGGGAUGAUGGCGGCUCAGAAGCAGCAGAAGGCCCUGAUGGGGGCAGCAGGCCCCUCGCCCUGGAGUCCCUACUUGGGCCCUUGCCCACAGCAGCCAGCCUGGGCAUCUCCGAUUCCAUCCGAGAGUGUAUCUCCUCCCCAAGUGGGGAUCCCAAAGACACUUCAGGGGACGGGGAGCUGGACCUCAGUGGCAUCGAUGACCUUGAGAUUGACAGAUACAUCCUGAACGAGUCAGAAGCCCAGGUAAAAGCUGAGUUGUGGAUGCGGGAGAAUGCUGAGUACCUGCGGGAACAGAGGGAGAAAGAAGCAAGAAUAGCAAAGGAGAAGGAGCUUGGCAUCUAUAAGGAGCACAAGCCCAAGAAGUCUUGCAAACGCCGGGAGCCUAUAUUGGCCAGCACAGCUGGGGAGGCGAUCGAGAAGAUGCUGGAACAGAAGAAAAUCUCCAGCAAGAUCAACUACAGUGUGCUGCGGGACCUGAACAGCAAGGGUGGGGGCAGCCCUCCCAGGGAGGACUCACAGCCCCCAGAGCGUGCCAGCACCAAGAAGCUGCCACGGAGGAGAAGAGCAGCUAGCAGGAGUAGUGCUGACCCUGGGACAAGCAUAGGCAAGAGGUUGAGGCCUCUGGUGUCUACACAGCCAGCUAAGAAGGCAGCUGUGGGAGAGGCCUUGCUCUUAAGUUCCCCUGCCCUGGGAGCUGAGCCCAUGAAGCCAUCAGCAGUCUUGGUGGAGAGUGGCCCUGUGUCAUACCAUCCUGAGGAGGAUGCAGACGAGGAGGACGCCGAAGAAGAGGAUGGAGAGCCUUGCGUCAGUGCUCUGCAGAUGAUGGGUGGCAAUGAUUACGGCUGUGAUGGGGACGAGGAUGAUGGCUACUGAGUGGAACUCAAGGCCAGGCAGCAUCCUGGUGCUAGACUCCAAGUGUUUUUUGGGGGUCAGAUGGGCCCUGGGGCCACGGCUCACAGGCAUGAUUUCUGGGACUCAACCAGUCAAGCACUGCCCCACUUGAUUUGAAGCACUCUUCCCAUGGCCACACUGUGGCCCCCAUCAUACUUGCUGUUGGGAAUCAUGUUUUGAGCAAUGUACGGAAUAUUUUUGCCCAGCAAAGGAAACCAGCUGUGUGUUUAUGUAUAAUGAAACAUGGUCAGGGAGUGGCUAGGUCAGGAUCCCACUUUGUGGCCUAGCCUUCUAGUCAUUGAUUCACCAGAAAUCCUCAGGCAGGUUCUGUGUGCUCCUGUCAUAAGGAGAUGGCAGCACAAAGGGGCUUCACUCGCGAAGUCUUGGUCUUAGCCUGCUGCCAGUGUUCUCUGCCCACCCUUCACAUCCUGGAAGGAUAGGGGUUGGGCAGAAGACAUGUGGCAGUUACUGCUCUGUGCUUAGCAACUGUAGUCUGGAGCACCUGCCUUUAACUGCAGCCCCAGCUUCCUGCUGAGGUGGACAUGAGCUCUCUACCAUCUCUAAUGUCCGUUCACCAUCUUGAACCACCAGGAGCAUUAUAGACCUCAGCCUCUUGCUUAGGACUCAUGAGUUGUGCACCCAGGAGCCCUUGAGGCUGCCCAAUAGCAGAUUAGUCCAGUUCAUCAGCAGCGCUCAGAAAGUGGAGACCAGCAGACCACGUGCAUCUGCAUGCAGCUUCCUGCUAAUGUCCAGACAACCUUUGUGGAAUUCUGGGUUAUGGCCCUGCCCUAUCCCCUGGAACAGAACCCUCUGUCAAGAAAGCCUGCAAGCUGUUUCCUCACAAGAAGGCCCAGGACUAUCCUCAGUGCACUUAAUUCAGGCCUUCCUUUCCUGGAUAUAGCCCUGGAUGUGAGUCUUCACUACCUGGGCUGAGGCAGAAUAUUUGACUCUGUUUCAAAUCAAGAGCUGGGGGGCCAGGCCUGAGAUGACUGGGGGGGGGGGGGCGCAGACUGCAGAUGGAAGUAGAUAGGUGGGACAGGUACGGAGUGAUUUUGAUGAGAGGAUUGCAAAAUGCUUUUAGAUUGUGUAUGGGAGUGUGGAACCAUAAUCAAGGGUCCAUCCUAGGGUGGGGGCCAGCUUCACAAGAGUAAGGUCACAAUCAUGGUAAGUAGCCAUGACGCUGGUCCAGAGUAUUUUUAGGAUGUUUGUAUGCUUAUAUGUGACAGGACUUGCCUAUGGCAUGGAGAGAGUACAGGGCUGAGGGGUGGGAGGUAAGAUCUGCAGGAACAGAAACAAGUAUCCUGGAACAGAAGCUGAGCCCUGCUCCCCAGCUCUGUCUUGUCUGUCAUGAGAAAGCAGGAGCGGGUGUUGUCAGUGCUGAAAAUGAGCAAGAGCCAGUAAGGCUGGAGUGGUCUUGUAAGGAGAGGGUUGAAGAAAGUCAGAGCAGAGGGAAGGGAACAGUAGCUACUGUCCCUGGAAGAUGGGUGAGUAACAUAGUGGGCGGAUCCUGAAAUGGUUGAGACCUGUGUCACAUGGUUGAGAGACCCAGGUGCUGAGGAGUAAGGUCCCAGUAGGGGGCAGCCGUGAAGUGGGCAAGGGUACCUCUGAGCUGAGGUCACAGCUUUGUAUGUGAGCCGCCACCAGCACUCAUGAGGUUCAAGGAGGCAUUGGGUCUGUGUGACCCUGUUCUGCGUACAGUUGGUUUAUUUCUAUGUGCUCUUUUCUGACUGAGAUUACCACAGCAUGAUCCCCCUGCCUCAGAUCUUCCCAGAAUGUAGAGCAGUGCCUUAGGCAGCCUCCUGGAGCAGAACCAGGCCUCACCAUUCUGGACCUUCAAAGAGGGAAGAGGGGGUCCAUUGGAUCCUGCAUUCUAGACUGGGAUCCUGUCUUGUGUACACACUGGAGUGCUGAGAAGAUAGGAAAUUGUACUCUCUCUCUCUGCCUCCUCUACCCUCUCCUACUGCCUUUCUGCUAGGAUGAGGGAAGUGCAGGGGAAGCUACUGUGGUCUGCACUGUCCAAGGUUCUUGCCAGCCACCUGCACUGAGGAGCCUAGUACUUCGUGGUUACCACCAUCUUCGGCAAACUGAGUGAUUGCUGGGCAGGGCAGUAGCGGUCAGCAAGGUUCCCGGUAGCCUGCACAUUGUAGCUUAGCAGGGGCGCCUGUCUUGACAUGACGGGGGUGCUGCUUAUCGGAGAUGGGCCGCAGAGCGAGAGGUCCCAGCAGUACAGGGGUGCGGCACUUUCCCACUUGUAGCUCUUCUAUCCUGAGCUAUGGGCCCAGGGAGAACCUGGUGCAGCCUACCUUGAACCCGUUUCCUGUCCAGCCGCUUUACCUAACUGUAUACCUACUAGUGGAGCAGGAGUGAAAUAAGCCCUGUAGGGGUGGGGCACUCCUUUCAUACCUAGUUAGAAGGUAGAGAAUGAGCUCUGACCAUGUACCUCCUUUGGUCAUGUCCUUGGUAUUUGCCUCCCAAGUGCCUGGAUUAAAGGUGUGCACCCCCUG